UCUGGUCUUCCUCAAACCAUAUCAUUCAUUGCAGCGUUCUCUCUCGGAUACGCCACCAGCAUAUGUCUCAGAGACCCAACGUCCCACAUUCCUCUUCCAUUGCAUUUGGCCUCCAUUCCCAUCUCCUUGUUUCCAGUGAUAUGAACCCCAACUCCAACUGGUCCUCUUAGAUUUUCUUCUUCUUUUUCUUAAAAGCCCUGGAGAAAGGGAUUUAAGCAAAAAGAACCCAUCUUUUCGUUUUUUCACUUGCUGGGUCCAGUUUGAUUGUGUGUUUGGUUUCUGAGAAAACUUAGAGAUGGGUCUCAAGGGCUUUGUUGAAGGGGGUAUUGCUUCGAUCAUCGCUGGGUGUUCCACCCACCCGCUCGACCUCAUCAAGGUCCGGAUGCAGCUCCAGGGUGAGACGCAGGUUCCCAAUCCCGCCGUUCAAACUCUCCGUCCAGCGCUCGCUUUCCAGACAGGCGCCGCUCCCACGGCUGUCCACGUGACUCGGCCCCCGCGCGUGGGUCCGAUCACCGUCGGAGUCCGGAUCGUGCAACAGGAAGGGGUGGUCGCUCUCUUCUCCGGCGUCUCUGCCACCGUCCUUCGCCAAACGCUGUACUCCACUACUCGCAUGGGUCUCUACGACAUUCUUAAGAAGAAAUGGACUGACCCAGCUACCGGCAACAUGCCGCUCGUAAGCAAGAUAGGAGCUGGACUGAUCGCCGGCGGGAUCGGGGCCGUCGUCGGAAACCCUGCCGACGUGGCCAUGGUCCGAAUGCAAGCCGACGGCCGCCUCCCUCUGGCCCAGCGCCGCAACUACAAAAGCGUUCUGGACGCCAUAACCAGAAUGUCCAAACAGGAGGGAGUCACUAGUCUGUGGCGCGGCUCCUCCCUUACGGUGAAUCGCGCCAUGCUCGUCACAGCCUCGCAACUCGCCUCCUACGAUCAGAUCAAGGAGACAAUCUUACAAAAGGAUCUGAUGAAGGACGGCCUCGGAACGCACGUGACGGCGAGCUUCGCCGCCGGAUUUGUAGCGGCGGUGGCCUCAAACCCUGUGGACGUAAUCAAAACCAGGGUGAUGAACAUGAAGGUGGAGCCGGGGGCGGCGCCACCGUACACCGGAGCUUUGGACUGCGCCCUGAAAACAGUACGCGCAGAGGGACCGAUGGCCCUCUACAAGGGGUUCAUCCCUACAAUCUCAAGGCAGGGACCUUUCACUAUUGUGCUCUUCGUCACACUGGAACAGGUCCGCAAGCUGCUCAAAGAUUUCUGAUGAUGACGAUCAAGAAUAUUAGGAAUUUUAAUUCCGUGUUUUAUUUUAAAUUAUAAGAAGAAAACAAAAACAGUAUCAUUCGAUGCUUUGGUUUAUGGAAAUGUGGAGGGCUGAUGAUUUUAUUGAAUAAAUUGGAAUUUGAGUAGGGGCCCAGCCGCCCAGGGAGUGUGGAGGGCACAGGAAAAUGCCCAUUAACCCUUUACGAGUAGAGUCCACAGAUGCCCAUUGUUGCUUGCUUAGGAAUUUGGAAUUAUGAAUGGGUCGUCAACAUUACGAUAUUUCUUUAUGCAGAAUUAAUCUCUUUCUUGUAAA